AUGUCUCCGUGGAAGACUUGGGCUGCAUGGCCGCAGGGCAGCACCGAUGAGCUUCAACGCUUGGUCGGGAUGGCACAAGCGGAAUUGCGAAAAAGAGGUAGCGACUCAGAGCUGGGAACUGAGCUGGGUGCCGGGCCUGAGGCAAGCGACACCAUCGGCCACCAAGAAGGCAUGGCCUCCAACGGAACCGAGGACGCCUUGACCGGACGCCUCGACCGCUCAGCCAGCUACGCUGGUUCCGACGCAGCAGGCUGUGGAUAUUCCAAGUACUAUGGCAAUAGCCCGAAGGAGCUGUGUUUUUGCAAGCUUGCUGGGAACUCCGGAUGUGCGAGCAAGAAGUGCACCUGCCCGCAGGGCUGUGGUCGCAAUGUGGUCUGGGAAUCCAGCGAGAGCGUCACGUUCAAGAACCGGGCACGCGCUAAUGGAUGUCACCCCUCUACUGUGCUGCUGACUGCUCCGAAGGCCUACUACGGAACGCCGGCGGAUCUGAAGAAAUGUGGCAACGCCGUGUCAGUGAUUGAGAUGCUUCUGAGAGAUAGCUGGAACAUGUACCAGUCUCGUGUGAGUCGUGGCUCCAUGAACCAGUGUUUCCACGGCUCACACACAGCUAGCGUCAAGUAUUUGCAUUUGCAGUCCUUCUGCUCUUACGCAUCCUUUCACGCAAUGCCCAACAACAACCAUGCUGUCGGCGUUUGUGUGAAGAUGCGGAACAUCAACGAAGCCAGCAGCUUGGCCAGGCUCCCGCGAGAUACCUUUGAUCAUGCUCGCUUGGCCCUCAUGUCCGUGGAUCGUGGAGAUGAAGGUCACAAAGACUUGUCCGAAUGCGAGAUUUGCCGCCAGCUCAGCAAGUCCAACCCACGCCUUCUGCUUCCAGCCCCCAGCCGAGGUGACCCCGCGGAUUUGCUCAAUGUCCAGGUGGAGGAGUACAACAUUUGGACACCUCCGCUUUGGACUCCGCUUUCUUCGCCUCGAUCACCGCGGCGAGGCACACACUGGAGCGCUUCGUCGCAAAGGACCGCUCGGCUGAAGGAUGGCAAUGCACUCUCCGUGAUCGCCGCACAGGAUGCCCUGAUUGAAGGUCUCCUUGCUCGUUGUCAACGCUUGGAGGUUUUAGCAGCUCGCCAGAGACGAGAGCUUGCCAGAGCUGUCCGACCACGCAGUGCAACGGCCUUGCGCUCCUUCAAGCCAAAGGAGACCAAAACUGAAAGGGCAGCUGCUGGCAUUGCCCAGAAGGUGCUUUGCAAGGAGUAUCAGCAUCCCUUGCGGUCUCCACCAACCACCUGGCCCAGAACACGGGCCAGAUCUCGACCUGAGACCUGUCGAAGAGGUAGCACUGGAAGCAUCCGCGCCGCCUGA